AUGCCGGUCACCGAGAAGGACCUGGCGGAGGACGCGCCGUGGAAGAAGAUCCAGCAGAACACGUUCACGCGCUGGUGCAACGAGCACCUCAAGUGCGUGAACAAGCGCAUCGGGAACCUGCAGACGGACCUGAGCGACGGGCUGCGGCUCAUCGCGCUGCUCGAGGUGCUCAGCCAGAAGCGCAUGUACCGCAAGUACCACCAGCGGCCCACCUUCCGCCAGAUGCAGCUGGAGAACGUGUCCGUGGCGCUCGAGUUCCUGGACCGGGAGAACAUCAAGCUCGUGUCCAUCGACAGCAAAGCCAUCGUGGAUGGGAACCUGAAGCUCAUCCUGGGCCUGGUGUGGACCCUGAUCCUCCACUACUCCAUCUCCAUGCCCGUGUGGGAGGACGAAGGGGAUGACGAUGCCAAGAAGCAGACGCCGAAGCAGAGGCUGCUGGGAUGGAUUCAGAACAAGAUCCCCUAUUUGCCCAUCACCAACUUUAACCAGAACUGGCAAGACGGCAAAGCUCUGGGUGCCCUGGUAGACAGUUGUGCUCCAGGUCUGUGCCCAGACUGGGAAUCCUGGGAUCCACGAAAGCCAGUGGAUAAUGCACGAGAAGCCAUGCAGCAGGCAGACGACUGGCUGGGUGUCCCGCAGGUCAUCACUCCUGAAGAAAUCAUUCACCCGGACGUGGACGAGCACUCGGUGAUGACGUACCUGUCCCAGUUCCCCAAGGCCAAGCUCAAGCCUGGGGCUCCUCUUAAACCCAAACUCAACCCCAAGAAAGCCCGGGCCUAUGGCAGAGGAAUCGAGCCCACUGGAAACAUGGUGAAGCAGCCGGCCAAGUUCACGGUGGACACCAUCAGCGCCGGGCAAGGAGACCUGAUGGUGUUUGUCGAGGACCCAGAAGGGAACAAAGAGGAGGCACAAGUGACCCCCGCCAGCGACAAGAACAAGACCUACUCCGUGGAAUAUCUGCCCAAGGUCACCGGGCUGCACAAAGUCACAGUCCUCUUUGCGGGACAGCAUAUCUCUAAGAGCCCGUUUGAAGUGAAUGUUGACAAGGCCCAGGGAGAUGCCAGCAAAGUCACCGCAAAAGGCCCUGGUUUGGAAGCUGCCGGGAACAUCGCCAAUAAGCCCACCUACUUUGACAUCUACACAGCAGGUGCCGGCGUGGGUGACAUUGGGGUUGAGGUGGAAGAUCCCCAGGGGAAGAACACCGUGGAGCUGCUCGUGGAAGACAAAGGAAACCAGGUGUACCGAUGUGUGUACAAACCGAUGCAUCCUGGCCCUCACGUGGUCAAGGUCACCUUUGCUGGGGACACCAUUCCCAAGAGUCCCUUCGUUGUACAGGUUGGGGAAGCCUGCAAUCCAAACGCCUGCCGGGCCAGCGGCCGAGGCCUGCAGCCCAAAGGCGUCCGCAUCCGGGAGACGGCAGACUUCAAAGUGGACACCAAAGCUGCUGGAAGCGGGGAGCUUGCCGUAACUGUGAAGGGUCCUAAGGGCCUGGAGGAGCUGGUGAAGCAGAAAGGCUUUCUGGAUGGCGUCUAUGCAUUCGAGUAUUACCCCAGCGCCCCGGGGAAGUACAGCAUUGCCGUCACAUGGGGGGGCCACCACAUUCCAAAGAGCCCCUUUGAAGUUCAAGUUGGCCCUGAAGCAGGCAUGCAGAAAGUCCGUGCGUGGGGCCCUGGCCUCCAUGGUGGGAUUGUGGGGCGGUCGGCGGACUUCGUGGUGGAGUCCAUUGGCGCUGAAGUGGGGUCUCUGGGGUUUGCCAUUGAAGGCCCCUCCCAGGCGAAGAUUGAGUAUGACGACCAGAAUGAUGGAUCGUGUGACGUCAAGUACUGGCCCAAGGAGCCCGGCGAGUACGCUGUCCACAUCAUGUGUGACGACGAGGACAUCAAGGACAGUCCGUACAUGGCCUUCAUCCACCCGGCCUCAGGAGACUAUAACCCCGAUCUGGUCCAAGCGUACGGGCCAGGUUUGGAGAAAUCUGGGUGCAUUGUCAACAACCUGGCCGAGUUUACCGUGAACCCUCAGAAUGCUGGCAAAGCUCCCUUAAAGAUAUUUGCUCAGGAUGGAGAAGGCCAACCCAUUGACAUCCAGAUGAAGAGUCGGAUGGACGGCACGUACGCCUGCUCCUACACCCCAGUUAAACCCAUCAAGCACACCAUUGCCGUGGUCUGGGGAGGUGUGAACAUCCCACACAGCCCCUACCGGGUCCACAUUGGGCAGGGUAGCCAUCCCCAGAAGGUCAAAGUGUUUGGGCCAGGCGUGGAGAGAAGUGGACUGAAGGCAAAUGAGCCUACUCACUUCACAGUGGACUGUACCGAGGCUGGAGAAGGUGAUGUCAGCGUUGGCAUUAAAUGUGAUGCCCGGGUGUUGAGUGAGGAUGAGGAAGACGUGGAUUUUGACAUUAUUCACAACGCCAACGACACGUUUACAGUCAAAUAUGUGCCUCCUGCCGCCGGGCGAUACACAAUCAAAGUUCUCUUUGCAUCUCAGGAAAUCCCGGCCAGCCCCUUCAGAGUCAAAGUGGAGCCUUCCCACGAUGCCAGCAAGGUGAAGGCGGAAGGCCCGGGUCUCAGCAAAGCAGGCGUGGAAAACGGGAAGCCAACCCACUUCACUGUCUACACCAAAGGGGCCGGCAAAGCCCCACUGAACGUGCAGUUCACCAGUCCCCUCCCCGGCGACGCAGUGAAGGAUUUGGACAUCAUCGAUAAUUAUGACUAUUCCCACACUGUGAAAUACACCCCCAACCAGCAGGGGAACAUGCAGGUCCUGGUUACCUAUGGCGGCGACCCCAUCCCCAAAAGCCCUUUCUCUGUGGGCGUGGCCGCCCCUCUGGACCUGAGCAAGAUCAAGAUUAAUGGCCUGGAAAACAGAGUGGAGGUUGGGAAGGACCAGGAGUUCGCCAUUGACACCCGAGGGGCGGGAGGCCAAGGCAAGCUGGACGUGACUAUCCUGAGCCCCUCGAGGAAGGUGGUGCCGUGCCUGGUGGCGCCGGCGGCCGGCCGGGAGAGCAGCACGGCCAAGUUCAUCCCGAGGGAGGAGGGCCUGUACGCCGUCGACGUGACCUACGACGGGCACCCCGUGCUGGGGAGCCCCUACACGGUGGAGGCCUCGCUGCCGCCCGACCCCACCAAGGUGAAGGCCCACGGGCCCGGCCUGCAGGGGGGUCUGGUGGGCAAGCCCGCCAAGUUCACCAUCGACACCAAAGGAGCGGGGACCGGCGGCCUGGGCCUCACCGUGGAGGGGCCGUGCGAGGCGAAGAUCGAGUGCUCCGACAACGGCGACGGGACCUGCUCCGUCUCCUACCUUCCCACGAAGCCCGGGGAAUACUUCGUCAACAUCCUCUUCGAGGAGGUCCACAUCCCCGGCUCUCCCUUCAAGGCCGACAUCGAGAUGCCCUUCGACCCCUCCAAGGUCACGGCGUUGGGGCCCGGGCUGGAGCGCGGGAAGGUGGGCGAGGCCGGGCUGCUUAGCGUGGACUGCUCGGAGGCCGGGCCCGGGGCGCUGGGCCUGGAGGCCGUCUCGGACGCGGGGGCGAGGGCCGAGGUCCGCAUCGAGAACAACAAGGACGGCACCUACGCGGUGACCUACGUGCCCCUGACCGCCGGCAUGUACACCCUGACCAUGAAGUACGGCGGGGAGCUCGUGCCCCGCUUCCCCGCCCGCGUCAAGGUGGAGCCGGCCGUGGACACCAGCAGGGUCAAAGCCUUCGGGCCGGGAAUAGAAGGAAAAGACGUGUUCCGUGAAGCUACCACCGACUUCACGGUCGACUCCCGGCCCCUGACAAAGGUGGGCGGCAGCCACAUCAAGGCCCACAUCGCCAACCCCUCGGGGGCCUCCACUGAGUGCUUCGUCACGGACAAUGCCGACGGCACCUACCAGGUGGAGUACACGCCCUUCGAGAGAGGCCUCCAUGUGGUGGAGGUGACAUACGACGAUGUGCCCAUCCCAAACAGUCCCUUCAAAGUGGCUGUGACCGAAGGCUGCCAGCCGUCUCGGGUUCAAGCCCAAGGUCCUGGGCUGAAAGAGGCCUUCACCCACAAACCCAACGUCUUCACGGUGGUGACCAGAGGGGCAGGAAUUGGUGGGCUUGGCAUCACUGUCGAGGGACCAUCAGAGUCAAAGAUAAACUGCAGAGACAACAAAGAUGGCAGCUGCAGCGCCGAGUACGUCCCCUUUGCUCCAGGGGAUUAUGACGUCAAUAUCACGUACGGAGGAGAUCACAUCCCUGGCAGCCCCUUCAGGGUUCCUGUGAAGGAUGUUGUGGACCCCAGCAAGGUCAAGAUUGCUGGCCCCGGGUUGGGCUCGGGGGUCCGAGCCCGAAUCCCCCAGUCCUUUACGGUGGACAGCAGCAAGGCUGGCCUGGCUCCGCUGGAAGUGAGGGUCCUGGGCCCACGCGGCCUGGUGGAGCCGGUGAAUGUGGUGGACAAUGGGGAUGGCACACACACGGUGACCUAUACCCCAUCCCAAGAAGGGCCGUACAUGGUCUCUGUGAAAUAUGCUGAUGAAGAGAUCCCUCGUAGUCCCUUUAAGGUCAAGGUCCUUCCCACAUACGAUGCCAGCAAAGUGACUGCCAGUGGCCCGGGCCUCAGCUCCUAUGGUGUGCCCGCCAGUCUUCCGGUGGAGUUUGCGAUCGAUGCCAGAGAUGCUGGGGAAGGCCUGCUUGCUGUUCAGAUAACGGACCAAGAGGGAAAACCCAAAAGAGCCAAUGUCCAUGACAAUAAAGACGGCACCUACGCUGUCACCUACAUCCCCGACAAGACCGGCCGCUAUAUGAUCGGGGUCACCUACGGGGGGGAUGACAUCCCGUUGUCUCCCUACCGCAUCCGGGCCACACAGACCGGCGAUGCCAGCAAGUGUCUGGCCACAGGUCCUGGAAUCGCCUCCAUUGUGAAAACCGGCGAGGAGGUGGGCUUUGUGGUUGACGCCAAGACUGCCGGGAAGGGGAAAGUGACCUGCACGGUUCUGACCCCGGAUGGCACCGAGGCUGAGGCCGACGUUAUCGAAAAUGAGGACGGCACCUAUGACAUUUUCUACACGGCUGCCAAGCCGGGCACCUACGUCAUCUACGUGCGCUUCGGUGGCGUUGAUAUCCCCAACAGCCCCUUCACUGUCAUGGCCACAGAUGGGGAAGUCACGGCCGUGGAGGAGGCACCGGUAAAUGCAUGUUCCCCUGGAUUCAGGCCCUGGGUCACCGAAGAGGCCUAUGUCCCAGUGAGUGACAUGAACGGCCUGGGAUUUAAACCUUUCGACCUGGUCAUCCCGUUUGCGGUCAGGAAAGGAGAGAUCACCGGAGAGGUCCACAUGCCCUCCGGGAAGACAGCCACCCCCGAGAUCGUGGACAACAAGGACGGCACGGUCACCGUCAGAUACGCCCCCACGGAGGUGGGGCUCCAUGAGAUGCACAUCAAGUACAUGGGCAGCCACAUCCCCGAGAGCCCGCUCCAGUUCUACGUGAACUACCCCAACAGUGGGAGCGUGUCUGCUUACGGUCCGGGGCUGGUCUACGGCGUGGCCAACAAAACUGCCACCUUCACCAUCGUCACCGAGGACGCAGGAGAAGGGGGUCUGGACUUGGCUAUCGAGGGGCCCUCCAAGGCUGAAAUCAGCUGCAUUGACAACAAAGAUGGGACGUGCACAGUGACCUAUCUGCCCACCCUGCCGGGAGACUACAGCAUCCUGGUCAAGUACAAUGACAAGCACAUCCCCGGCAGCCCCUUCACCGCCAAGAUCACAGAUGACAGCCGGCGGUGCUCUCAAGUGAAGCUGGGCUCUGCCGCCGACUUUCUGCUGGACAUCAGCGAGACCGACCUCAGCACGCUGACGGCCAGCAUCAAGGCCCCGUCCGGCCGCGACGAGCCCUGCCUCCUGAAGAGGCUGCCCAACAACCACAUCGGCAUCUCCUUCAUCCCCCGGGAGGUGGGGGAACACCUGGUCAGCAUCAAGAAGAAUGGCAACCACGUGGCCAACAGUCCCGUGUCCAUCAUGGUGGUCCAGUCCGAGAUCGGGGACGCCCGCAGAGCCAAAGUCUACGGCCGAGGCCUGUCCGAAGGCCGCACUUUCGAGAUGUCGGAGUUCAUCGUGGACACGAGAGAUGCAGGUUAUGGCGGCAUUUCUCUGGCGGUGGAAGGCCCCAGCAAAGUAGACAUCCAGACAGAGGACCUGGAGGACGGCACCUGCAAGGUCUCCUACUUCCCCACCGUGCCCGGGGUCUACAUCGUCUCGACCAAGUUCGCCGACGAGCACGUGCCAGGGAGCCCGUUCACCGUGAAGAUCAGUGGGGAGGGGAGAGUGAAGGAGAGCAUCACCCGCACCAGCCGAGCCCCAUCCGUGGCCACUGUCGGGAGCAUCUGCGACCUGAACCUGAAAAUCCCAGAAAUCAACAGCAGCGACAUGUCGGCCCACGUCACCAGCCCCUCCGGCCGCGUCACCGAGGCGGAGAUUGUGCCCGUGGGGAAGAACUCGCACUGUGUCCGGUUCGUGCCCCAGGAGAUGGGCGUGCACACGGUCAGCGUCAAGUACCGCGGCCAGCACGUGACCGGCAGCCCCUUCCAGUUCACCGUGGGGCCGCUGGGCGAGGGCGGCGCCCACAAGGUGCGGGCAGGCGGCCCCGGCCUGGAGAGGGGAGAAGCAGGUGUCCCAGCCGAGUUCAGCAUCUGGACCCGGGAGGCAGGCGCGGGAGGCCUCUCCAUCGCCGUGGAAGGCCCCAGCAAGGCUGAGAUUACCUUCGAUGACCACAAAAACGGGUCGUGCGGUGUGUCUUACAUUGCCCAAGAGCCGGGUAACUACGAGGUGUCUAUCAAGUUUAACGACGAGCACAUCCCCGAGAGCCCCUACCUGGUGCCGGUCAUCGCGCCCUCGGACGACGCCCGCCGCCUCACUGUUAUGAGCCUUCAGGAAUCGGGAUUAAAGGUUAACCAGCCAGCCUCCUUUGCUAUAAGGCUGAAUGGGGCAAAAGGAAAGAUCGAUGCAAAGGUGCACAGCCCCUCUGGAGCCGUGGAGGAAUGCCACGUGUCUGAGCUGGAGCCAGAUAAGUACGCGGUUCGCUUCAUCCCCCACGAGAACGGCGUCCACACGAUCGACGUCAAGUUCAACGGGAGCCACGUGGUCGGAAGUCCCUUCAAAGUGCGCGUCGGGGAGCCCGGACAAGCGGGGAACCCGGCCCUGGUGUCCGCCUACGGCGCGGGGCUCGAGGGGGGCAUCACAGGGAGCCAGUCUGAGUUCUACAUCAACACCACCAGAGCGGGGCCAGGCACGCUAUCGGUCACCAUUGAAGGCCCGUCCAAGGUCAAAAUGGAUUGCCAGGAAAGCCCAGAAGGGUAUAAAGUAAUGUACACCCCCAUGGCCCCCGGAAACUACCUGAUCGGCGUCAAAUACGGCGGGCCCAACCACAUCGCAGGCAGUCCCUUCAAGGCCAAGGUGACAGGCCAGCGUCUGGUCAGCCCCGGCUUGGCCAACGAGACCUCGUCCAUCCUGGUGGAGUCGGUGACCAGGUCCUCGACAGAGACCUGCUACAGCGCCAUCCCCAAGGCCUCCUCGGACGCCAGCAAGGUCACCUCCAAGGGGGCGGGACUGUCGAAGGCCUUUGUGGGCCAGAAGAGCUCCUUCCUGGUGGACUGCAGCAAAGCUGGUUCCAACAUGCUGCUGAUCGGGGUCCACGGGCCCACCACCCCCUGCGAAGAGGUCUCCAUGAAGCACGUGGGCAGCCAGCAGUACAACGUCACCUACGUCGUGAAGGAGCGGGGGGAGUACGUCCUGGCCGUGAAGUGGGGGGAGGAGCACAUCCCCGGCAGCCCCUUCCACAUCACCGUGCCUUAG